UUUUUUUUAAUCUCCGCCCCAAGCACUUAACCUCAUUAGGGUGGAGGAGAAGGCGGCGGCUGUCUGGUGUGCUGCGGCAACUGUAGCGAAGACUACGGCUAAUGGACUGCUGAAUUAUGAAGUAUUUCAGACCCAAUAGUAGAACAUCGCUCUGCCACUCACUCCUUUAUCUUCUACUGGUUAUUUAAAUUGGACUUUUAAUAUCCUCCCAGCUGCUCUUCAGACACACAUGGUGCAUUGUUGCCAUUCCCUGGAUUGCAGUUUUGAAACACAGGCUCUUGGGAACCUUCAGUGAACAAAGAGGCAACCUCGUGGGCACGUUUACUAGGAGGGUGUCACCCUGACUGCCCUCUAGCUUUGGCUGGAUCUGGAUUUGAAUUUCACCAUGGAGCCUCGCAUGGAGUCUUGCCUGGCACAGGUGUUGCAGAAGGAUGUGGGAAAACGACUGCAGGUUGGCCAAGAACUUAUAGACUAUUUCUCAGAUAAACAGAAGUCUGCUGACCUUGAGCAUGAUCAGACUACGUUAGAUAAGCUUGUGGAUGGACUUGCUACCUCUUGGGUGAACUCUAGCAAUUACAAGGUGGUUCUUCUGGGCAUGGACAUCCUGUCCGCGCUGGUCACCCGGCUGCAGGAUCGGUUCAAGGCGCAGAUCGGCACAGUGCUGCCAAGUUUAAUAGACAGACUGGGAGAUGCUAAAGACUCUGUCAGGGAGCAAGACCAGACUCUGCUGCUAAAGAUCAUGGAUCAAGCUGCUAACCCCCAGUACGUGUGGGACCGGAUGCUGGGAGGCUUCAAGCACAAGAAUUUCCGGACUCGGGAAGGCACGUGUGUCUGCCUUGUAGCUACACUCAAUGCCUCUGGGGCGCACACUUUAACACUCAGCAAGAUUGUGCCACAUAUAUGUAAUUUACUUGGAGACCCAAACAGCCAGGUCCGAGACGCAGCAAUAAACAGCUUAGUGGAAAUUUACAGACAUGUAGGAGAACGUGUGAGGGCAGAUCUCAGUAAAAAAGGAUUGCCACAGUCCCGAUUGAAUGUAAUUUUUACAAAAUUUGAUGAAGUCCAGAAAUCUGGAAACAUGAUACAAUCUGCAAAUGAUAAAAAUUUUGAUGAUGAAGAUUCUGUGGAUGGUAACAGACCUUCCUCUGCCAGUUCUACAUCAUCCAAAGCUCCAUCAAGUUCCCGGAGGAAUGUUGGAAUGGGGACCACCCGCCGGCUUGGGUCAUCCUCCCUUGGACCCAAGUCUUCAGCUGCAAAAGAAGGAGCUGGAGCAGUCGAUGAAGAGGAUUUUAUAAAAGCCUUUGAUGAUGUACCUGUGGUUCAGAUUUAUUCCAGCCGAGACCUUGAGGAAUCCAUAAACAAGAUUAGGGAAAUAUUAUCUGAUGAUAAGCAUGAUUGGGAGCAAAGAGUAACUGCUCUAAAAAAGAUUAGAUCUUUACUUUUGGCUGGUGCUGCUGAGUAUGAUAACUUCUUUCAACAUUUGCGACUUUUGGAUGGAGCCUUUAAACUAUCUGCUAAGGAUCUGCGGUCUCAGGUAGUGCGGGAGGCUUGUAUCACGUUGGGGCAUCUGUCGUCAGUUCUGGGGAAUAAGUUUGACCAUGGAGCUGAAGCCAUUAUGCCAACAAUCUUUAAUUUAAUUCCAAAUAGUGCCAAAAUUAUGGCCACUUCUGGUGUUGUAGCUGUUAGGUUAAUCAUUCGGCACACACACAUCCCUAGGCUAAUACCUGUCAUAACAAGCAACUGUACCUCUAAGUCUGUUGCAGUUAGAAGACGCUGCUUUGAAUUUUUAGAUUUACUUUUACAAGAAUGGCAAACACAUUCCCUGGAACGACACAUAUCAGUAUUAGCCGAAACAAUAAAGAAGGGAAUACAUGAUGCCGAUUCUGAAGCAAGGAUAGAAGCCAGAAAGUGUUACUGGGGCUUCCAUAGUCACUUCAGCAGAGAGGCGGAGCACUUAUACCACACCUUGGAGUCUUCCUACCAGAAGGCUCUGCAGUCCCAUCUGAAGAACUCAGACAGCAUCGUGUCUUUGCCGCAAUCGGAUCGCUCAUCUUCUAGCUCUCAAGAGAGUCUGAAUCGGCCACUCUCUGCCAAAAGAAGUUCUACUGCAAGUACCACCUCUAGAGCUUCUACCAUUAGUACCAAAUCUGCGUCAACAACUGGGUCCCUGCAGCGGUCUCGAAGUGACAUCGACGUGAACGCAGCAGCCAAUGCCAAAUCCAAAGCCUCCUCAGCGUCGGGUGCCACGCCUUUCAGCUCAGCAGCGGCCCUGCCUCCAGGGUCAUAUGCAUCCUUAGAGUCCAGACACAUGAGGGAAGAUGUGGAGUCCAUAGGCCUUGACUCAGAUGGUACUGCCACUAAAGCGGAGGCUGGCAGCAGGUCAAGUUCUCCAGGGAAAUUGCUGGGAAGUGGUUAUAGUGGCCUUGCGGGAGGUUCCUCUAGAGGCCCACCUGUGACACCCUCUUCAGAAAAACGAAGCAAGAUCCCCAGGAGUCAGGGGUGUAGCCGAGAAACAAGCCCAAGCCGAAUAGGAUUAGCACGGAGCAGCCGUAUCCCUCGACCCAGCAUGAGUCAGGGGUGCAGCCGCGAUACCAGCCGUGAGAGCAGCCGAGAUACAAGCCCUGCUCGGGGCUUCCCUCCGCUCGCCUCUCGACGUCAUUCCAGGUCCACUAGUGCUCUCUCCACUGCUGAAUCUGUUGGGCAGUCAGACCGAUUUGGGCUUGGUCAGGCAGGAAGAAUACCUGGUUCUGUGAAUGCCAUGCGAGUUUUAAGCACGAGUACAGACCUGGAAGCUGCUGUUGCUGAUGCUUUGCUGUUAGGAGACUCCAGGAGCAAGAAGAAGCCUGUGAGGCGGAGAUACGAGCCGUAUGGGAUGUAUUCUGACGAUGAUGCCAACAGUGAUGCCUCGAGUGUUUGCUCGGAGCGCUCCUAUGGUUCCAGGAAUGGUGGCAUUCCCCAUUAUCUGCGGCAGACCGAGGAUGUAGCAGAAGUUCUCAACCACUGUGCUAGUUCAAACUGGUCAGAAAGGAAAGAAGGGCUUCUAGGCCUGCAGAACUUGCUGAAGAGCCAAAGAACGCUGAGUCGAGUAGAAUUGAAAAGAUUGUGUGAGAUCUUCACACGGAUGUUUGCUGACCCUCAUAGCAAAAGAGUUUUCAGUAUGUUUUUGGAGACUCUUGUAGAUUUUAUAAUAAUUCAUAAGGAUGACUUGCAAGACUGGCUUUUUGUUCUUCUCACACAAUUACUUAAGAAAAUGGGAGCAGAUUUACUUGGAUCUGUGCAAGCAAAAGUUCAGAAGGCUCUAGAUGUCACAAGGGACUCCUUUCCAUUUGAUCAGCAAUUUAACAUUUUGAUGAGAUUUAUUGUGGAUCAAACUCAGACUCCUAACCUCAAGGUCAAAGUUGCAAUCCUGAAGUACAUUGAGUCUCUCGCCAGACAGAUGGAUCCAACAGACUUUGUAAAUUCUAGUGAGACCAGGCUUGCUGUUUCUAGAAUUAUAACCUGGACAACAGAACCAAAGAGUUCGGAUGUGAGAAAGGCAGCGCAAAUUGUGCUGAUUUCUCUGUUUGAACUGAACACACCUGAAUUUACCAUGUUACUUGGUGCCUUGCCAAAAACAUUCCAGGAUGGUGCCACCAAACUCUUGCAUAACCACCUCAAGAAUUCCAGUAACACCAGUGUGGGCUCUCCCAGCAAUACAAUCGGCCGGACUCCUUCCCGACACCCCAGCAGCAGGACCAGCCCCCUGACCUCACCCACCAACUGUUCCCACGGGGGCCUGUCUCCAAGCAUGCUGGACUAUGAUACCGAGAACCUGAACUCAGAAGAAAUCUAUAGUUCUUUGCGUGGAGUCACAGAAGCCAUUGAAAAGUUUAGUUUUCGAAGCCAAGAGGAUCUGAAUGACCCAAUUAAACGAGAUGGCAAAAAGGAGUGUGAUAUUGUGUCCCGGGAUGGCGGAGUCGCCUCCCCCGCCUCUGACGGCCGAGGAGGCAGUGAUGUGGUGGAAGGAGGCAGAAUGGCUCUGGACAACAAGACCUCCCUGCUCAACACCCAGCCUCCUCGUGCCUUCCCAGGGCCUCGGGUGCGAGACUACAAUCUGUAUCCUUACUCAGACACCAUCAACACCUACGACAAGACAGCCCUGAAGGAGGCCGUGUUUGACGAUGACAUGGAACAGCUUCGAGAUGUGCCCAUUGACCAUUCUGACCUGGUGGCGGACCUUCUGAAAGAGCUGUCUAACCACAACGAGCGGGUGGAGGAGCGGAAGGGCGCCCUGCUGGAGCUGCUCAAGAUCACGCGGGAGGACAGCCUGGGCGUCUGGGAGGAGCACUUCAAGACCAUCCUGCUCCUGCUGCUGGAGACCCUCGGAGACAAAGACCACUCCAUCCGAGCACUGGCACUGAGAGUUUUACGGGAAAUUCUGAGAAACCAGCCUGCGAGAUUUAAAAACUAUGCUGAGCUGACGAUCAUGAAGACCCUGGAAGCCCACAAAGAUUGCCAUAAGGAGGUGGUGAGAGCUGCCGAGGAGGCCGCGUCCACGCUGGCCAGUUCCAUCCACCCGGAGCAGUGCAUCAAAGUGCUCUGCCCCAUCAUCCAGACGGCCGACUACCCCAUCAACCUCGCUGCCAUCAAGAUGCAGACCAAGGUCGUCGAGAGGAUCGCCAGGGAGUCCCUGCUGCAGCUCCUCGCAGACAUCAUCCCAGGCUUGCUGCAGGGUUAUGACAACACUGAAAGUAGCGUGCGGAAGGCCAGCGUAUUUUGUUUAGUGGCAAUUUAUUCCGUAAUCGGAGAAGAGCUGAAACCUCACCUCGCACAGCUCACAGGGAGCAAGAUGAAGCUACUAAACUUAUAUAUAAAGAGGGCCCAAACCACGAACAGCAACAGCAGCUCCUCCUCGGACGUCUCCACACACAGUUAAUGGCAACACCGAGUCUCUGCGUAGCCCUAGAAGCAGUCGGUGGUGCCUCUCAGAGACCUUCCCCUCCCCUUCAUCGGCUGCCCCAUCAGGACAAGGAGGCCCGCAAUAUUUAUUACAAUCAGUAUUUUGGUCCCUUCCAGCUUUUGUGUAGAAUCUUACUGGUAUUGAAUGUAAAUGAAGCAAGGCCUGUUUUGCCGUCUUCAUACAAAGCAAAAGGAAUAAGAAAAGAAAAGAGCCAUACUUACACAUGUCUUCUACAGCCUGCUGAGAUCAUCAACCCAUGUGUGUGGGGUGCUGUCUUUAAAAAUCAGAGCUCUUUAGCCAAUAGUUGUAGGAAGUAGCAUUUUCUCUUCAGUUAACAGAGUUGAGGACGGUGUGUUAAUUUGUAUUUCUCUUUCAUCUUAGCUAACUUUCUCCUGGAUAUGGCCUGUGUGGGGCAGGCGACCCCACCUUCCCCCUUUCACUACUGCCACCAUGAAAGGGUUGUCCAUCUUUAAAUUAUAUUUUGAGACCUACUAAGAAUGUGAAUUGGGUCUUGGCAAAAAAUGGAGAAAAGCCUGAAGAUGGCUUUUUAACAAAACACAUAGAAUUUUGCUUAUAAUAUCUAGACUGCAGGCUGAGUGCCCUCCCUGUGGUUUAGAAGGGCAUCCUCUCAGUCUUCUUCCAGUUCAGGCGCCCAGCCCCACUGAACAAUGCCAUAAUGCUGUCGGCCCCCACCCUAGAGCUUCUGCUCAAAAGAAUCCUUAAAGUUUAUAUCCAAACACAAAAAUCAAGGUAAAUGUAUAGCAUCGUUAGUGAUGCCUAAAAUGGCAUUUCAUGAAGCAUGGAAGAUAUCAGAAAUAGUUUGUUUUGCUACUAAGAUCUUUAGGAAACACUAUUUUACCAGGGCUUCUCCCUCAACCCUGGUUUUUGGUGAUUCUGGCCUGGCGCCAUCCUUUGCUUAAGCUGCUCAAUUCUAAAAGGUUUUCACUUGGUCUAGUAAAUGGCAACUCGACCAUCUCAGUUUUGACUUUUCUUUAAUUUAUGACUAAGAUCAAAGAGAAGCCUAGAGAGACCAGGUAUCUGAAUUUUUUUUUUUAAUUUAUAGACUGAAGUACUUCCUUGAUCAUCUGUUGAAAUAGUCAUUGUUUAAGGAAAAAGUAAUUAUGAUGAGUGGCAAAUUGCAGAAAAAGAGUAUUUGAAACACAAUUUUAGAGUAUUUCCUUUUCUUCAAUAAGAAAUUACCAGAGAAACUGCCCCUUUUAAAAAGUUUUUUGAGGGUUUGAUUGUUCCAAAGUAACUAUAGAUGUGGAGUCUGGCUAAAUAAGUUUUGAGUAAAAUUCUUAAAGCCAAAUGGAACUUCUUAAUGCAAUCAUAAAGAUUUCUGUCAUCUCUUAAGUACUUUAGAGCCUCUAAAUUGAAAAUGAUUUUUUUUCCAUGGAAAAUGCCUAUUCUGAUGUAAAUUUUUAAUGAAGUGUUUGCAGUUUUGGUGCAGAGUUCCUUCAGCUGGCAGUGCUGAGAGGCAGAGAUUGUGUGGUUCUCAGCACUGACCUCCACAGACCCCCGUCUUCUCUAACCCUCCAGCUUUGAUGUUGGGAGUUGUGAAAGACACUGUAGCAAAUGUAACUCAUUUUCAUUCAGAUAUUAUUUUACAUACUUUAUUUGGAAAUAGGCUCUGAAAAUGAAGGUCCAGGAACAGUGAAGCCAGGGUGCCUUUACUGUGUGUGCGUGUGUGUGCGUGCGUGCGUGCGUGCGUGUGUGUGUGUGUGUGUAGGGGUAUCUCACACAUGUAGGGAGUGCCCCACUGCUGCUGUUGAGGGAACUUCAGGGGUGCAUUUUAAGUGGUUGAAUAUUAUUGGCUUAUUUUUUGGCUCAAAACAUAGCAGGACCAGGCCUCACUUUCAUUGUUAAAUAAAUACUGUUUGUUAAUAUUUCACUAAUGGGAUUCUUUUGUACACUCUACAAGUGAGUCAGCAGAGCAUCUUUGAUUACUGCUCCAUUGUAGAAACGUGUAUUCUGGCUAGGUUAUUUAUGAGUUUUUUUAUGCCUCGUGUUUGGAUAGACCUUCCUCAACUCUUGAUUCCCAGGUCGCCAUGGCCCCCGCCUACAGUUGGGAAGAAUCUUGAACAUUGCCGAAUGCCCUCAUCGUCCUCACAAAGGGCUCGCCUUGAUGUCACUUGCCCAGCCUUCGUCUCCUGACUUAGACAUACAGGCACUCACAGGUGUCUUGGCCUCAGUCCAACCGCUGCCCGCCUCCGAGGACACUCGCAUGCCGCCGCCACCUCACAGGGAGGGCCGCCAGGCCCGCCGCCCUCGACACCCUGACAGCUGCAGCUGCCUGGCCGCUUCCCUGCAGGGCCCCUAUUCAGAUGACACAACAGAACACGGAAAAACAAAGCACCCAAACUGAGUUUGCUUCCCCUGUUUACCUGACUGUCCAGGACCCUCAGAGCGCACCUGACCCCACCGCUGGGGCCAGAUCGCCCAGCUCCUGCUCCCCUUCACGCUGCUGCGGUCGCUCGUGAGGCCACAGCUGCAGGGGAGGCUCGCAGCGCCCUUCCAGUGCCGGGGUCGCGCGGCCCGGUGCCCGCACUGCGGCGGCACUGCCUCUGCAACUCUAGCUUAUCCGCGCCCCCGUGCGGACAACGCAACGGAUUUUUGUCUCAUCUUUUUCUUUCCCUUCCGCCCUUAUUUAUCAAGCAUAAAUAUUACACAUUGAAGAACAGCAAAUAAGAACUUUGUAGACUUCCACAGGACUUUACUAACAAUGGUGUUUGGAAAUGAAAAAAGAAAUGCUCUGAAAAAUAUCAGCCACCAAAAUAGUUUUGUCGGCACUGUGUUCACACGCAUGGUCCCCACACCCCUAAGUUGGGUUUUUUGGGUUUUUGUUUUGUUUUUUCCUUGCUUUUUCAUGUUACAUCCAUAUCUGUAUUUAUAUCUUAUUUGUUUCACUUUCAGGUGUAUCAUGGCAAAUGUACAGUUUUUUUUUGUUGUUGUUAAUAAUGUGCUAGGAUUUGCUAAAAAAGAAAACAAACACUUUCAAGUUUGCCCUAGAAUAAAUGAAACUUAAUUCAG